GUAGCCACGGUUAUGGGGAGCGGAGGCGUGAUCCACUGUAGGUGUGCCAAGUGUUUCUGUUAUCCUACAAAGCGGAGAAUAAGAAGGAGACCCCGAAACCUAACGAUCUUGAGUCUCCCUGAAGAUGUGCUCUUUCAUAUCCUGAAAUGGCUUUCUGUUGGAGACAUCCUCGCUGUCCGAGCUGUGCACUCCCACCUGAAGUACCUGGUGGAUAACCAUGCCAGCGUGUGGGCAUGUGCCAGCUUCCAGGAGCUGUGGCCUUCUCCAAAGAACCUGAAGCUCUUUGAAAGGGCUGCCGAAAAAGGGAAUUUUGAAGCUGCUGUGAAGCUGGGCAUAGCCUACCUCUACAAUGAAGGCCUGUCUGUGUCUGAUGAGGCCCGGGCAGAAGUGAACGGGCUGAAGGCCUCUCGCUUCUUCAGUCUCACGGAGCGCCUGAAUGUGGGCGCCGCGCCCUUCAUCUGGCUCUUCAUCCGCCCACCUUGGUCGGUGUCCGGAAGCUGCUGCAAGGCCGUGGUUCACGAGAGCCUCAGGAUGGAGUGCCAGCUGCAGAAAACUCACAGAGCGUCCAUACUGCACUGCUUGGGGAGAGUGCUGAGUCUUUUUGAGGAUGAAGAGAAACAGAAGCAGGCCCGGGACCUGUUUGAAGAGUCUGCUAAUCAGGGGUGUUUGACCAGCUCGUACCUCCUCUGGGAAAGUGACAGAAAGAUGGAUAUGUCAGAUCCCGGACGAUGCCUCCACAGCUUCCGGAAACUCAGGGACUUUGCUGCCAAAGGCUGCUGGGAAGCACAGCUGUCUCUAGCCAAAGCCUGUGCACACGGAAACCAGCUCGGACUGGAAGCGAAAGCCUCCAACGAGAUAGUCUGCCAGCUGUUCCAGGCCUCCCACGCUGUCAGUAAGCAGAGGGUCUUCUCUGUGCAGAAGGGACUCAAUGACACAAUGAGGUGAGGGGUCCGAGGCAGAGCGACAGCCGUCUCCGCAUGACAGGGUCUGUCGGUUGUUUCAGCUGAGCCUCCUGUCACAGGGCCCCUGC